AUGGCUUCAACAUCAUUCGAGAAGGAGGAUGGACUUUUGGUGGGAUGCAAAAAUGAGGAAGCUGUUGGUCGCAACUCGGAGAAGGGUGAUUUUCUCGACGGGCAUAUAUGUUCCGAUUCCAGAGACAUUCGCGAUGAGCUGUUCGUGCUUUAUGAUCUUGAGUCCAGAUAUGGCAUGUCGGAAAGCAGACUGGAAAUUUCCCUGGAGGCAGUCAAAGCAGUAAAAGAGGAUGCAUGCGAUAAGAAACGUGUCGUUCCCCCUAUAGCUGGUUUUCGGGUUGAUGGAAACCAGUUCUCGAAUGGCUUUAUUGUAGUGCAGGAGGGUAAAUCGAGUUUCCUCAUGCGUGUCAGAUGUGAUGCUUUGUUUAUGGGUGAAGGAUCGAUGUAA